AUGACUCAAUACGCUGUUAGAAAAACCUCUGAAGUAGAAAACUACAUGACGUCAGUUUAACGAGUUAUGACCUACACCAAACUUGACCGGGAGCCUAAAUACGAGGAAGAACGAACACCCCCGCAAGACUGACCUUGGAGAGGAAGUAUUGUGAUGAGAGACAUAUCACUGACCUACUAUCCGGGGGGACCUCAAGUGAUAAAAAACAUCAAUCUUAGCGUCAAAGGAGGAGCAAAGAUCGAAGUUGUCGGCCGUACGGGAGCUGAGAAGUCAUCUUUUGUAACAGCUCUUAUGUGUAUGCCUGAUGCUGAUGGAGAGAUAAUCAUCGACGAUGUUCCAAUUAAAGACAUAGGACUCCAAAAAGCUCGACGAGGUAUCUCAGUUCUUAGCCAAAGUCCUGUUCUUUUUAGUGGAUCACUGAGAAAAAAUCUCGACAUUUUAGACAAGUUUCAAGAUGCUGAUUUAUGGCAGGCUUUAGAAGAUGUGCAACUGAAAGAUUUUUUCGAGACACUUGAGGCCAAGCUGGAUCACGAACUGCUGGAACAUGGCGCUAAUGUCAGUGUGGGAGAGCGGCAGUUAAUUUGUUUGGCUCUUGUGCUGCUACAGCGAAGUAAAAUCGUCGUCUUGGACGAGCCAACUGCGCAUGUAGACUAUGGAAUGUAG